GAAGAGGAAACUGAGGCACAGAUAAGUGAAAUGAUUUGCCCAAAGGUUAUCUAGCCUCAGUUUGGCAAUAAGGAAACUGGAUAGCAGAGAGACGAGGUGACAGUCCGGGAUCACUUAAUGAUGAUGAUGAUGAUGAUGAUGAUGAUGAUGAUGAUGAUGAUAACUAGAGCUGGCAUCUGUGUAGCGCUUCACUGUACCCAUGUUAUUUCACUUAAUCCCCACAAUAACCCGGUGAAAGUGGCUCCUGAUUGGCCAGAGAAGUCCCCCAGCUCGAAGGAGUUGAUAUUCAUUCAGACUACUCAAGUGCCGCUAAACUGCUUCUAAACACUCCUAGCCGCUGGCUGCUCCUCCAAAGGUCUGCCUUUUGUCCAUCUGCCAAGCUGCAGGCCAGGGAAUAGCAGCUCUUCAUGGAAAUCUCCGGGAGGUGCACCCAGGGACAUGGCAUCCGACAGUGAGGUGAAGAUGCUACUCAAUUUCGUGAACCUGGCCUCCAGUGACAUCAAAGCUGCCCUGGACAAGUCUGCCCCUUGCCGACGCUCUGUAGACCACAGAAAGUACCUGCAGAAACAGCUCAAGAGGUUUUCUCAGAAGUACUCCCGGAUGCCAAGAUGCUAUCCCAAUAGAUCUGGGGAAUCUCACUCAAAAAGGGGGCCUGAGGAUGGCCGUUGCCGCACCCCCUCUAAUGGCAGCACUGAGAAGGGCCCAGCAAACCCAGGAAUGGAAGAGAAUUUUCCUGAAGAGCAGACCCUUCAAGAGCAAAUCCCAGAGGCCUCCAGGCCAGACCAAGUACCUAUGCGGAAAAGACAGCUGCCUGCUUCCUUCUGGGAAGAACCUCGCCCUGCACAAAGCUACUCUGGAGGGUUAGAUGGGCUCUCAGUCCAUAGGGAGGUUCCUGCCUAUGAGGGGAAAAAAAGCAAAAAGAGACCCGAGACCUUGGGUUCAGAGACAGCACCUCUACCUGCUUCUCCCAGGGCAGAGAAGGAAUCCCCGAAGGUCCCUUCAGCCUCCCUCAUGGGCCGGAUGAGUGCCUGGAGUUGUUGUCCAUUCCAAUACCAUGGACAACCCCUCUACCAGAGCCCAGGAGGUCUGCCUCAGUCUCCUGUGCCAGGCCUGGGGCUUUGGAGAAAAAGUCCAUCUUCCCCAGGGGAGAUGGGCCAUUUCUGCAAGGAGCCUGGUAGCCCGAGCCAGAAAGUUUACAGACCAGUGGUCUUGAAACCUAUCCCCACAAAGCCAGGGGUUCCUCCUCCCAUUUUUAAUGUUUUCAGCUAUAUCUAGCCCCAGGUGAGUGACCCUUGCAAAGCACUGACCACCUUGAUCUAGUGAAGAUCCUUCCAGGUCCCCUGGAUUCCUGGAGAGGAAAGCUUCCCAUCCCCUCCCCUGUAGGGGAGAUGGCCUCCCUGGAAAGGCUGUGAGGAACACUGAGUGGAUGACUUCUGCAAUAUUCAUGAAAUGCACAUUCAGAGGCCUACUGGGGGUAUUUAAGAUAAUUAUUGUCAUGAGAGGGAAUAGGGAGGGGAAGGGAGGGGGUGAAGGCUAUUUUCCCAGUCAGCAUCAGUGAGAUCUGGAGCCAGAGUUGAUCAGCCUCUCAUCAAGCAGUCAGCAUGUCAGAAAACCAUUGUGAACCAGAUAACUCCAUCUGUACUGUAAACAGCUGUUCUAGCAGUUGGGGGUGGGGCGGGGUGGGGAAAAGGCUAACUCUUAUCUGAUAGGUGCUCAGGAAGCAAUAUUCUCUUCAUUUGCCAAGAAAUUUGUAAGCCAAUCUCAUUUUUUUCCUUCCUUGUAAAUAUUAAGAGGGUUAAAAGAAUAAAACAAAGUAAUUUUUUUAGAUUCUACUUCUCAGAUCUCUUUAAAUUGAAUACCAAUUUGGUUAUGUACUUACUUUCCUUCUCAGGGCCUCAGUUUUUCCAUCUUUAAAAUGAUCAGGUUGAACUAGGAGAUUCUCAAGGUUCAGCUCUGGCUUCACAGGCUUAAUUAUGGUACUUCAUUAUCAGAGAAGCCAAUCAAAACAAAAAGCCCAGGGUGAUCACAAACCGACCCUACCUGUGUCCCCCCCCCCAUGAAGUCUGAAAGCAGGUCAGUUUGUUGACUGAGCAAUAGGGUUAAAGGUCAAAGGCAUGGGAAAUAAGGUAGGCAAACCUAGGUAAGUAUGGUCUCUGAUGAGUUUGCUCUUAAAGUAGAAAAGAAUAGGAAAUACUAGGCAAAUCUAGGUAAGUAUAGUCCCUGAUGAGUUUGGUUAAAGUGGAAAAGAAAGGAGCACUCAGCCUGUUUCUAUGGUGCCUUAGUAUGAGGCUUAGUUAUUUGAAAAAGCUCUAGAGAAUGAUGUGUUCUGCUCUUUGAAAAGAUACUCCGACUAAGGCAGUAUCCACACUAUUACAGCUAAGCAUUUGCCAGUUGGGGACAAAAUGAAACAAUCCAACCAGGAGUUUAGCACCAUGAAGACAAAGUAACCAUUUGAUUAAUUAAAUUUUUCAUCUUAUAAAGUAAAAGGCAGUCUG